AUGAAAGUCAAUAGAUGUGAGUGAAUGUACUGUACUUUGAAUGCAUUGCUUCACAUGUUUUACAUGUCUUUGAUUUGGAGGCAAAAGAGUCUGUCAACUGAUUCAGUGAUGUCAUUGAUUUGAUGACAAACAUUGAGUUGAGAUGAUGGUCACCAUCAGGAGUAAGACAUGCGCCAAACUUUUGAUAAUUUGUCUUCUUUCGUGUCUAAUCCUAACCAUUUGGAUAUCCAUCCAAUUGUCACCGAUAUUGACAAUGUCUUUAAAAGAUAACACAUCCGACUGUAAGUGCCAAUCAAAUGAAGUCAUUGAUGACCAGAAUUGGCGAAAUCGUCAAUCAGGUCAUAGAUUGGCAGUUGUGGUGCCAUUCAGAGACCGUUUCGAUGAAUUGCUUGUAUUUGUUCCGCAUUUGACUCAGUUCUUGAAAGAACAACAAAUUGAUCACAAAAUCUUUGUCAUCAACCAGAAGGAUAUCUACCGAUUCAAUAGGGCUUCCCUUAUAAACGUGGGAUUUCUGAUGUCUCGUUCCUCCUUUGACUAUAUGGUUAUGCAUGACGUGGAUCUGCUUCCGCUUAAUACUCAACUUUCCUAUCGAUACCCAAUCGACGGUCCAUUUCAUGUGGCGGCACCUCAUUUGCACCCGAAGUAUCACUACAAGACAUUUGUCGGCGGAAUACUUAUCAUAAAUCGGGAACAUUUCGAGAGAGUUAAUGGACUGUCAAAUAAUUACUGGGGUUGGGGUCUGGAAGACGACGAGUUCUACGCCCGACUUAAAGAAGCCAAUCUUGCCGUCUCAAAACCCGAAGGAAUUAAUACAGGAAUUAAUGAUACUUUCCGUCACAUUCAUAAUAAAGUUCAUAAAAGAGAUACUUUUAAAAUUUUCAAUCAACGAGAGAUAACUCGAAGAAGAGAUCGAAAGACAGGUCUGAAUACUGUUAAUUUCCGGCUGUUAAACGUAAAUCAGUUAUCAAUAGACAACUGUCCGGUCACUCUAUAUAAUGUGCAAUUGAUUUGUGAUAUAUCAUCGACACCGUGGUGUCAAACCAAGGAAUCAUUGAACAAAAAUCGUGUCAAUGCAUCCAAAUCGUGAU